AACUAAUCACACCUCCAGCAAGAUCUGUCAGUGAAGGAACUAAUUAUACAGACCCUAAUGUCAGAGAACACGGAAUUACAUUUUGAAGUGGCCACUUUUGGCGUGGUCAUGAAGAAGAUCCAAGAUGCUGUCACAAAUAUGAAUGAAGAGGACAGAAAGAUUUUCACUACUGUAUUUGAGCAUCAGGAGAGUGCAACUACUAGAAAGGAUGAAGAAGAUGAACAUGUAACUAUUAGAACGGUGGAGGAUGCUUCAAGUAACAUUCGAGGCUCAAUGACAGAAGAUGAAGCACAAAACAAAAAGGAAAAUUUUCAAGACAAGUCUUUGGUUAUAGAUGAGGAAACUACAAUUUCACCAGAACCUGAUGUAGGUUUAAGAAACAUUUCCUCGGAGAAGGAUGGAGUUCCGGUUUAAUUAAAGCUUGAACAGGAUUGAAAAACUCUGUGCAACAAGGCACACAAGAGCUUGUUGGAAAUGGCAUUCAACUCACCAAGAAGAACCAGAGUUGGGCUUCUACUAAACAAUUUACCAGAUAAGAAGGUUAACUUUAGUAUUACUUUCAUGAAACUUUAUUCUAUUCCAUUAUAUAAUGAACAUGUCUCUAUAGA